GUCUGCACAGCAGUAGGUAUGCUGACCCAUUUCUCUUGGCUGUGGAUGUUCACGUGGGCGUUCAUCUGCUGCUUCCACAUGUUCAGAGUGUUCACCGCCAAGACCUGCUGCUCAUCCUCCACGUCACGUGGUCACACCGCCGAGCUGAUCAAGAAGUUGUUAUCAUCUUUAGUUUUCCCCCCUUCUUGUGGUCACCACGGUGGUUAUGUCAUCCAGUGAUGACGUCACCUGAUCAAAAUAGUGGCUAUGGUCAGGUCACCUGCUAUUUAAAAUUCAACUCUACUCAUUGGUGCGUUGAAUAAAAACUUUUUAAAAAAUCGGAAUUUUUGAACUCUUUUAACAGCCUAUUAUAUUAAUCAUCCAUUACAUUAUUUACAUUCAGCUUUUUUAAAAUAAAAAACCUUUAUUGCGAUGAAAUAUAACUGUUCAUAUAUUAAGUGUAUGCAUGUCCUAUUUUCAUAUAUAGUCGCCUACAAUUGUAAUUUAUUGGUUAUAUAGGAAAUCAGGUCCUUGCUUGGCCAUAUCACUUUUAGAACUCGUUUAUUUCGCAUCUGAAAUAAUACAUUUAAAUACGUGUUUUGCGGAAAUUAAAUUAAGUCUAAAUUUAACGAUAUAUUAAAUGCAUUAAAUUUAUAUUAUAAAAAAUAUUGUGAAAUAGUCUUGUUUUAUAUAAUAUUUGAGUAAAAUGCUUGACUCCUUAACGUCACUCUUUCAGUUGACACCUUGUAAUUAGAAAAUUAAAAUAUAUAUUACAAACUAUUUUUAAAAACAUAUUUUGUAUACAUAAUCCACAACCAGCUAUAAUUUUAAAAUUUAUAUAUCUUUAAGAGUUUAUUUUUCUAAUGCCGAUGUAUGUAACCAAUCGUAAAAUUUUGCAGCUAUCACGCUAACAGUGGUGCUGCCGUCUUAAAGACAUAUCAAUGACGCUGUUUGAUGUUUUUGUCCCCACUAGGACUUUCUGUCGUCACACCACUCGCUAUCGUCCUGGUCUGUAACGCCGUAUUUUUCACCAUAGUGGUGGUCCACAUUGAAAGAGUCAGGAAGCUGAACUCUUCGGAUACUUUUAAGAAGGAAGAUCGCCAAAACCUUUGCGUUUACCUCAAGUUGUCGUCCGUGACAGGAGCAUUCUGGGCUAUGGCUAUCAUGGCUGAGGCACUAGAGAGUGAUGCCUUAAGGUAAAUAAAUAUAGCUACCCGGGAUGCUUUCCUUGUCAAACAUAUCUCUUUGGCAAUUUCGAAAGAUAAGCAUCUAAGUAUGUCAAAUAAACAUUUAAAAUCCGCCCUACGAAAUGUUUGAAUUGAAUUGUAUUAAAUUUAUUUCUGGACUUUAUUAUUUAUAAAUAUUUCGAUAUCAUUAUAUCCAGAUUCAUUUCCAUCCUGUUGAAUGGGCUUCAAGGGGCUUUCAUCUUCUUAUCCUACGUGUGCAACAAGCGAGUC